UGUGUAGUGAGAGAUUAAAUGUUCUUCCAUUUUAUUUCUCUCUAAUUUAAACCAAACCCAGUCCUCGUUAACCUGCAAAAACCCAUCUUUUACUGUAUCAUUUUUGUUUUUUAGAGUUAAAUCAGUGGGGUUCUGUUUUUUUCUUUUUUCCUUCUUAAUUUGAACCUAUUUUCUGUGUUCAUUUAUUAUAUUAGUCUGUUUCUUCAAACUGUUUAUUCCUCACGCGAGAAAGUGAAAGAAAAUAAAGGUACAGCAGAGAGUCUGAAAAGGCUGAAUCGGAAAAUCGAUGAAGGAAUCAGAUAAGAGCUUAGAUCCACAGUUAUGGCAUGCAUGUGCUGGGCCCAUGGUUCAAAUCCCACCAUUAAACUCCAAGGUCUUUUACUUCCCUCAAGGCCACGCCGAGCACUCACUCGCCGCCGUCGAUUUCCCCUCGUCUCCGCCGGUCCCGGCUCUAGUUCUUUGCCGAGUGGCUUCGCUCAAAUUCAUGGCGGAUACCGAAACCGACGAGGUAUACGCCAAGAUCCUCCUCAUGCCGUUACCCAACACAGAGCUCGACCUAGAACACGUCGCCGUUUUCGGCUCCGAUAACGCGGAGAAGCCUGCUUCUUUCGCUAAGACAUUGACCCAAUCCGACGCCAACAACGGCGGUGGGUUUUCGGUCCCGAGGUACUGCGCCGAAACCAUUUUCCCGCCGUUGGAUUACACGGAGGACCCUCCGGUUCAAACCGUCGUCGCCGUGGAUGUCCACGGUGAAACGUGGAAGUUCAGGCAUAUUUAUAGAGGGACCCCGAGGAGGCAUUUAUUGACUACGGGAUGGAGCACUUUCGUGAACCAUAAGAAGCUCGUUGCCGGCGAUUCCAUCGUGUUCUUAAGGUCCGAAAACGGCGGCCUGUGCGUCGGGAUCCGACGAGCCAAGCGCGGGACUGGAAACGGACCCGAAGCUGGGUCUCCAUUUUUGUCUUUCUUAAGGGAGGACGAGAGUAAGAUGAUGAUGAUGAACCGAAAUGGGGAUUGGAGAGGAAAGGGGAAACUGAAGGCGGAAGCUGUUUUACAGGCGGCUACGUUGGCGGCCAGCGGUCAGCCGUUCGAGGUUGUUUAUUACCCAAGAGCGAGCACACCGGAGUUUUGCGUUAAGGCGUCGUCGGUGAAGGCGGCAAUGAGGGUUCCUUGGUGUUGUGGGAUGAGGUUUAAGAUGGCUUUCGAGACAGAAGAUUCUUCAAGGAUUAGUUGGUUCAUGGGGACUGUGUCUUCUGUUCAAGUUGUCGAUCCCAUUCGGUGGCCUAAUUCCCCAUGGCGACUUCUUCAGGUAACAUGGGAUGAACCGGAUUUGCUUCAAAACGUUAAACGUGUUAGUCCCUGGUUGGUUGAAUUGGUAUCGAAUGUGCCUGCCGUCCACUUGUCGCCGUUCUCCCCACCGAGAAAGAAGUCUAGGUUUCCCCAACAUCUCGAUUUUCCUCUCGACGGACAAUUCCCUAUGUCGGCAUUUUCAAGCAAUGGCAAUCCCCAUGGGACCGGCUGUCCGUUAGUUUUAUCUGAUAAUGCUCCUGCAGGCAUACAGGGAGCCAGGCAUGCUCAAUUUGGGUUAUCUUUAUCCGAUCUCCAUCUUAAUAAUAAACUGCAGUCCGGACUUUUUCUGCCCGGUUUCCAGCGGUUCGAUCCCCACUCUAGAAUUUCCGAUGGCAUCAUGAUGGCAAGGCGCCCUAAUGGUACUGAUAAUCUUUCUUGCUUGUUAACAAUCGGGAAUUCUAAUGUGAAUGAGAAAUCUGGCAACACAAAAAGACACCAGUUUUUACUCUUUGGUCAGCCGAUACUUACUGAGCAGCAGCUCUCUCGUAGCUGUUCAAGUGAAGUUGUCUCACAAGUUAUUAACGGAAAUAGUUCGUUAGAUGGCAGUGCCGAAAAAACAAAAGAUACUUCUGAUGGUUCUCGAUCUUCUCUUGAGAAGUCAUCUACUGCUGGAUUUUUGUGGCACCAGGAUUAUAGAAGCACGGAAACCGGCCUCGAUAUUGGCCAUUGCAAGGUAUUCUUGGACUCGGAGGAUGUCGGACGAACCCUUGACCUCUCAGUUCUUGGCUCUUAUGAAGAGCUGUACAGGAGAUUGGCCAACAUGUUUGGAAUAGAAAGAUCCAAGAUGUUGGGCCAUGUGUUGUAUCGAGAUGCAACAGGUGCUGUCAAACAAACUGGAGAAGAACCAUUCAGUGCAUUUAUGAAAACAGCAAAAAGAUUGACAAUAAGGAUGGAUUCAAGCAAUGAAACUGUUGCAAGGUCUUGGCUUACCGGGAUUCGAACCGCCGAAAACGGGCUAGGAGGGCCGAGCAAAAGAGGUCCCUUAAGCAUAUUUGCGUGAUUCGGGGGACCAUUGUGGGAAAAGCAAGCAUAGAUCAUUGAAGAACUUAACAGAACAAAAUUUAAAGGGAUUUGCUAAGCUCCUCUUAGGGAUUAUCUUGUCUGUUAGUGUCCUAAAAAACAUUGAUGUUAAUGUGUUUUAAAGUUCACGUUUGAUGCAAUAACACUUCCCAUUUGUAAGGAAUUUCUGUUUUUAUGCA